AUGAGCAGCUACCUUAACCUCGAGGGACCCUUCAAGGUUGAGUCAGAUAACUGCAAAUACACUGAAGAUGCUAUCAUCAGUGACUACACCUAUGAGACCACAAUGGUCGAGGGAAACACCAUCAAGCCUGUCUCGACAAAGAUGCAGUUUAAAACCGAGACCAAGGUUCCCAAGGUUGGAGUGAUGUUGGUUGGAUUGGGAGGCAACAAUGGAAGUACAUGUGUUGCCGCUGCUCUUGCCAACAAGAUGAAGUUGACCUGGAACACCAAAGAAGGAGAGCAGAAAUCAAACUACUGGGGAAGUGUCAUGCUGGCUUCCACUGUCAAGCUUGGAAAUGAUGCUAGUGGAAAUGCGGUCUACACUCCUUUGAAAAACAUGCUUCCAAUGAUCGAACCCGAUGAAAUCGUCUGGGGAGGCUGGGACAUCAAUAGCAUGAAUCUUGGUGACGCCAUGAAAAGGGCCAAGGUGCUGGAGUACGAUCUCCAGGAAAAGCUCUAUCCUCACAUGAAGGAGAUCAAGCCUUUGCCGUCGGUCUACUUCCCGGACUUUAUUGCUGCCAACCAGAGCGAACGAGCCGACAAUGUCUUGACGGGAACCAAACAGGAACAGUUGGAGCAACUCCAGAAACAAAUCAAGGAUUUCAAGUCAACAAAUAAGGUCGACAAGGUCAUUGUUCUCUGGACGGCCAACACCGAACGAUUCGCUAGUGUGGAAGAAGGCGUCAACGACACGGCAGAAAACUUGUUGGAAAGUAUCCAGCGUGGUGAGGAAGAAGUCAGUUCCUCGACAGUCUUUGCCGUGGCUUCUAUCCUGGAGGGCUGUACCUUCAUCAAUGGGUCGCCUCAAAACACCUUUGUGCCUGGCGUCAUUGAGCUGGCUCGUGAAAAGAAAGUCUUUAUCGCUGGGGACGAUUUCAAGAGUGGCCAGACCAAAAUGAAGUCGGUUCUGGUGGACUUCCUCGUCUCGGCUGGUAUCAAGCCCGUCAGUAUCGUGUCCUACAAUCAUCUUGGUAACAAUGACGGUCGUAAUCUCAGUGCUCCAAGUCAGUUCCGCAGCAAAGAGAUUUCCAAGUCCAAUGUGGUGGAUGACAUGGUUGCGUCCAACCGUCUUCUCUUUGAAGAGGAUGAGCACCCUGAUCAUGUGGUUGUCAUCAAGUACGUACCCACUGUGGCUGACUCCAAACGAGCUAUGGAUGAAUACACGUCUGAAAUUUUUAUGGGUGGAAAGAACACAAUUGUCAUGCACAACACUUGUGAGGACUCGCUGUUGGCCACUCCCUUGAUCUAUGAUUUGGUGAUCCUGGGCGAGCUGUUUCAACGUAUCACCAUGAAGAAAGAGGGUAGCAAAAACUGGGAAACAUUCCACCCAGUCCUUUCUCUUCUUUCCUACAUGCUGAAAGCCCCGCUUGUCCCAAACGGUGCACCUGUCGUCAAUGCUCUUUUCACCCAACGCCAGGCAAUCAUCAAUGUUAUGCGUGCCUGUCUUGGACUGGGACCCGACAAUCACAUGACCUUGGAACACCGGUUCGAGUCCACUCUGGCUGAUUUGCAGAAGCAAGCGACCGCUGGCAAGAAACGCAAAGCAGGUCAAAUUUAA